CCAUGAUUUGGGCUGCAGAUGCCAACGCACCGUGUAGACCUAUGGGAGCGCAGGGAAAGGCAGCAGGGGGAGGGCACAGUGAGGCGGACUUGACUCCAUUUGUAAUGAACGAUCUGAUGAGGUGGGGUUCAGAUCAGGGCUGCCUCUGCGACCGCGAGUGCCACACGGAGCAGCGCGACGUCAAGCAGGGAGACGGGUAGAGAGGCCGCUUCGGACGGAUCUCAGCCUCCACUGUGGCCGGAGGAGAGGGGGGCGGCGGCGAGGACGAGCCGCGGUGCGCGCGCGCGCGCGUGCAGGGGAGACGGAGAGCACAGCGAGGAGCAACCCGUUGAUAUUUCAGAGUUGCACAGGGAGCGUGGUGGAUUCUCGAGAAACUACACGGCAACGUUUGGACAGUUGGAUUUCAAAACUAAAGUAAUUCAAGGGAAAUCAAAGCAAGUCUGCUGAAGCGCACAGGAGCAGGAUGAGCGUGUUUUCUGCAGGGAGAGCAGAUCAGUGCGUCUGAGUGGGACAUGGCUAACGGAGGGGACCAGUUCGGCCUGACAGAGCGUCCGGACUCUGACUGCAUGGAUUCCCCAGAAGAAACGAAACAGGAAAAUCCCAGCUACACCUCAAACUCACCCGCGUCACCGCAGACUGCGUCCAGCCAGCAGGGAAUGGAGGGAAUCAAAGUUUUCCUCCAUGACAGGGAACUCUGGACGAAGUUUGAUGAAGUGGGAACUGAAAUGAUCAUCACAAAGGCCGGAAGGAGGAUGUUCCCCAGUUACAAAGUGAAGGUCACAGGCCUCAACCCGAAAACCAAGUACAUCCUCCUCAUGGACAUCGUCCCCGCGGAUGACCAUCGCUACAAAUUUGCAGACAACAAAUGGUCGAUAACGGGGAAGGCAGAGCCCGCGAUGCCGGGGAGGCUCUACGUCCACCCGGACUCUCCCGCCACCGGUGCGCACUGGAGCCGCCAGCUCGUCUCUUUUCAGAAACUCAAACUCACCAACAACCACCUGGACCCGUUUGGACACAUAAUACUCAACUCCAUGCACAAAUACCAGCCCCGUCUCCAUAUUGUCAAGGCAGACGAGAACAAUGGCUUCGGCUCAAAAAACACAGCUUUCUGCACCCACGUCUUCUCUGAGACGGCCUUCAUCGCUGUGACGUCCUACCAGAACCACAAGAUUACACAGCUGAAGAUCGAGAACAAUCCUUUCGCUAAGGGCUUCAGAGGCAGCGACGACAAUGAGCUGCACCGCAUGGCCAAGCUACAAGGUAAGGACUACCCAGUGGUCCCACGCAGCACUGUCCACCAGAGAGCCUGCCCCACUGGGAGUCCUUUCGGAGGGGACGGUCGGGGUCUGAGGGUCUCCCCCGAGGCCGUCGGAUCCCCCUACAGCUGCGAGAAUGGCUUUAACAGCGGCAGUCCUCGGGAGCUGCUCGGUGCUCCCUCGGCAAACUUCACCCUGCCUCCUCCUCACCUGCAGCACAGCCAACAGCCUCACGUCUACCACUGCACUAAAAGGAAAGUGGAGGAGAACUGCCCUUCAGGAAACCGCCAGCACCAGUUCAAGAAACCCUUCACUGGCAGCUCACCCAGUGAGGUCGAGCCUCACUAUCACCCCUCCUCUUACCCUCCUCCAACUGGUCUGUCCAACAACACUGUCCUGGGUCUCACCGACUCCCCCUACAGCUCAGACAUGGGACAGCGUCAGGCGUGCAUGUUUGCCGGCUCCGAGCCCAGACUGGAUGAAGUUAACUGUACAUCCUGGUCAUACACCUGUCCUCUCCCCUCUGCCAUGACCCCGAUGGAGCCCUACCCACCUUAUACCCCUCAUCCUCCCUACAGCUCCAGCCCCCAGGGCUCUCGACUCAGUGCCAUAGCCCACCAGAGCUCCCCGCUGCUGGGAGAACACAACGCUCACGACCCCUAUCAGAGCCAGAGCUCUGGACCUCUAUCGCAGAGCUCCCAAAACAUUCACAGCCGGCAGAUCAGCCCUCCUCUCAGAGAGUAUCCUCGCUACACACCCAACCUUUCUCCUCCUCUGUACCACACACUAGAGACGCACACACACAUCAGGUGUGGAGUACCAGAAUGGAGUGCAGCCUCCUAACUGAACCAGAGGACAUACUAGAAAGACUGAUUAGUGGACAGAAAGUCUGAAACUCGGUGCUCCUCUCAAAGAUUUGGCACCAUAUACAGACUAAAUAUGAUAUGACCUUUGUAACAUAAUUGUGAAAAGUGUGACCUUGUGCUGUGUGAAAAAGUUCUCAUCUAUAAGCCAUGUUUCUCCCCUGUGCUGGACGGAGCCGUGGGUUGUUAAAAACUGUACUUGGACGUCCAUGAAGCUUCAGAUGUAAAAAAAAAAAAAAUGUAUCAAAGUUGUCAUUUUUUAUAACUCAAAGACUGGUGUCAUCCAAAUGUUUGCACUGUGAGCCCUGUUGAGGAGCGCUUGUGAGAAGCACCAGGCUGUUUUCCUCUCGAUGCCUCCCACUCUUUGCAUUGUGAAGGAUGUGAAUCAUGACCCAAUGUCAGACAGACAGUCAAAUUUACUGGCCAAAAUAAUCUCAGCUCCCACAGCCGAGCCUGAGGGAGACAUUUUUUGUUUCUUUGCAGUGGAGCAAAACGCAGCUUUGCAGCUCAGUCUCAGUGAAGGAGAAUGUGCGUGUGGGUGCGUGUGUGCGUGUGCGUGCGCGUGCGCGUGCGCGUGCGCGUGUG